AGUCUGUUAACGUCCCUUUCCAGGAUGGAGAAAGUCGUCACUGGUGUCAGGACUGUGCUGCUGUCUUUCAAAAGGAUCAACUAGGAUGAAUUUUCCAUCUUUCUUGUAAUGUAUUUCAGAUAUUGUAAUCAUUACAUACUUUAAUCAAACUGUAUUUUUGGAGAUCAGAAGAGCUAAUUCUGAAAACUGAGGAGUCAUCUCCAAACCAUCUGAUUCUAAGGAGAGUUUACCUCCUAAAAGUUGAAGUGUCCAGUGUUUUUAAUUGAGAAAUGAGCUCUGUAGCAAACUAGUGUUAAACACACAGUAUAAACUGCUCAUCCUCCUGGAAUGAAGCAAAGCUUGAUAACCCCUCCCUCCUCUUCCUGCUCUCAAACUCAGCCAGCUCCACUCUGUCUGCGUAUUUCCUUGUUCCCUCCCCUUCAGAUCUACAGUUUGAACCAACAUAGUGGUGAAGUGAGAGAGCUGACAGGCCCCAUUCACUGCACAAACACAUGCUGUUUAGAUCAGAGCUCAAACUACUUUGAGUUUUGAGAAAGUGAAACUCAGACAGUCGUUGUCACUGAGAGGUGAAAUGGCGCAGAAAGGAGUUCAGCUGGACAGAGAAACCUUCUCUUGUUCCAUCUGUCUGGAUCUACUGAAGGAUCCGGUGGCUACUCCCUGUGGACACAGCUACUGCAUGAACUGUAUUAAAAGCUUCUGGGAUGAAGAGGACAAGAAGAAAGUCCACAGCUGCCCUCAGUGCAGGCAGACCUUCACACCGAGGCCUGUCCUGCUGAAAAACACCAUGUUAGCAGUUUUAGUGGAGGAACUGAAGAAGACUGGACUCCAAGCUGCUCCUGCUGAUCACUGCUAUGCUGGACCUGAAGAUGUGGCCUGUGAUGUCUGCACUGGGAGAAAACUGAAAGCUCUCAAGUCCUGUCUGGUGUGUGUCGUCUCUUACUGUGAGCAGCACCUUCAGCCUCAUUAUGAUGUAGCUCAGUUAAAGAAACACAAGCUGGUGGACCCCUCCAACAAGCUCCAGGAGAAGAUCUGCUCUCGUCAUGAUGAGGUGAUGAAGAUGUUCUGCCGUACUGAUCAGCAGUGUAUCUGUUAUCUCUGCUCUGUGGAUGAACAUAAAGGCCACGACACAGUCUCAGCUGCAGCAGAGAGGACUGAGAGGCAGAGAGAGCUGGAGGUGAGUCGACAAAACAUCCAGCAGAGAAUCCAGGACAGAGAGAAAGAUGUGAAGCUGCUUCAACAGGAGGUGGAGGCUAUCAAUCGCUCUGCUGAUAAAGCAGUGGAGGACAGUGAGAAGAUCUUCACUGAGCUGAUCCGUCUGAUGGAGAAAAGACGCUCUGAUGUGAAGCAGCAGGUCAGAUCCCAGCAGGAAACUGAAGUGAGUGGAGUCAAAGAGCUUGAGGAGAAGCUGCAGCAGGAGAUCACUGAGCUGAAGAGGAAAGACGCUGAGCUGAUGAAGCUCUCACACACAGAGGAUCACACCCAGUUUCUACACAACUACUCCUCACUGUCACCACUCAGUGAAUCUACAGACUCAUCCAGCAUCAAUAUCCGUCCUCUGAGGUACUUUGAGGAUGUGACAGCGGCUGUGUCAGAGCUCAGAGAUAAACUACAGGAUGUUCUGAGAGAGAAAUGGACAAACAUCUCACAGACAGUGACUGAUGUGGAUGUUUUACUGUCAAAUUCACAACCAGAGCCCAAGAGCAGAGCUGGAUUCUUAAAAUAUUCACGUGAAAUCACACUGGAUCCAAACACAGCAAACACAUACCUGUUAUUAUCUGAGGGGAACAGGAAAGCAACAGUAAUUGGAAAACAACAAUCUUAUUCAAGUCACCCAGACAGAUUCACUGAUCGUUGGCAGGUCCUGAGUAGAGAGAGUCUGACUGGACGUUGUUACUGGGAGGUGGAGUGGAGAGGAGGAGGAGUUGAUGUAGCAGUCGCAUACAAGAAUAUCAGCAGAGCAGGGGUUGAGAGUAUAUUUGGAAACAAAGACAAAUCUUGGGUGCUGGUUUGUAGAAAAACCUGUUAUCAGUUCUGGUACAACAAAAUCAGCACUCCUGUCUCAGGUCCUCAGUCCUCCAGAGUAGGAGUGUACCUGGAUCACAGUGCAGGUAUUCUGUCCUUCUACAGCGUCUCUGAAACCAUGACUCUCCUCCACAGAGUCCAGACCACAUUCACUCAGCCUCUCUAUGCUGGACUUGGGCUUUACUUCCCUGUUGGAAGCACUGCUGAGUUCUGUAAACUCAAAUAAACAGAAGUCAUUUAAGAAACAGUGGAUUAAAUUCUGUGUUUUGAUCUGAAAUGUAUUUUUUUCUCCAUCAUUGUUGCUGAGAGCUGAUUUUUCUUUUCAUGUCUUCACUGCACAGAGAUCAGCUGUCAGUCAAACACUAUGGCUGGUACUUUGACAUCUUCUCAUUAGUUGUGCUGUAAAUGUUUGAGUUUCUUUAGGUGGCGCUCCUUCCUGUGUCUGUUUAACCAUGGAGGCUGUCACUGCUCAUGAUGAUGUUUCUUUACCUCAACUGAUAUUUCUCUGUGUGAAAUUGUAAAUGUCUCUAUGUUCUAAAUGUUUGUUCAAUAUUUGUUUGAUGCAUUUGUAUGUUGUUGUUUCUCCUCCACUGCAUGGGUCUUCAGAUAAAAAUCACCAGAGCUUUUUUUAUCAUAGAUAUUUUGUUACAAUUUGUAAAUUUGUAAUAAGCACUUUAAUGAGGCUACAUUUACAUUAAUUUUGUCAGCAAAACAAGUGUUGUUGUUGUUGUCUAAAGCGAUGUACAAAUGAAGUGCUAUGAUGUAUUAUAAACACUGGUCGUGUGGAUGAAGUGAAUCUGUACAUUAAAUCAUUGAACAACAGUCAUGUA